CAAGCUUAGAAAUUGUUGCCUAAUCUCUGAGAGUGGACUUAAGAGUUCACUUUAAAAAAGAAAAAAAAUAAAACAAUCUAGCUUGCAUCACUAGUAAUAGUAGUAAAGGUCGCUCAACUAGUCACGUAUACAAAACUAAUCUUCGUAGUCUGGUACUAGAAUUUGUUACCACGAAUUCGUAAAAAUCAUUUACAAGACUGGUUGUGGCCUCAUGGGAUAAUUCUAACAAGAUUAACAUACCAAAAAAAAAUGGGAUAUCAAUAUUAACCAGAAAAUAAACUGUAAAAUCCAAACGUCCAAAGACUCCAAACAAUCAAUUUCGUUGUAAAAUCCACUGAAAAAAAAAAAAAAAAUUUUUUUUUACUACUCCGUAUUUUAACUUGGCGGGGCUUGGGAGUAUUGCUCUAUUGCAGUGUUCACUGUUCAGAACAUUCAAAAUCAAUGGCAAAACAAACCCAGAUCGCCAUAAUUGGAGCAGGAACAUUUGUGAAGAAUCAAUACAUCCCCAGAUUAUCUGAAAUAUCUGAUCUUGUUUCUGUCAAAUACAUUUGGAGUCGUUCUCAGGAAUCAGCUAGAUCUGCAGUGGAAAUAGCUAGUAAGAAUUUUCCAGAAGUAGAAUGUAAGUGGGGUGAUGAUGGUCUUGAUGAUAUUAUUAAGGAUUCCUCAGUUGUUGGAGUUGCUGUUGUUCUUGCUGGCCAAAUUCAGGUAGAUAUGGCGCUGAGACUGCUCAAGGCAGGGAAGCAUGUGAUUCAAGAAAAGCCAGCUGCUGCAAAUAAUGAGGAGGCAGAAAUGGCACUGUCAAGCUACAAUCUAAUAUCUCCUGGAAGUCCUAGUAAACCAAUCUGGGCUGUAGCAGAAAAUUACAGAUUUGAACCUGGUUUCAUCGAGGGCAGGAAGCUAGUCGAAGAAAUAGGAAAUAUGAUGAGUGUCCAAGUUAUCGUGGAAGGAUCAAUGAACAGUUCUAACCCAUAUUUUUCAAGUUCUUGGAGGAGGAACUUUACUGGAGGUUUCAUUCUGGAUAUGGGGGUACAUAUGAUUGCAGGACUAAGGAUGCUUGUUGGCUGUGAGGUGAAGUCAGUUUCGGCUUUGACUGCUCAUGUUGAUACUACUCUGCCCCCACCAGAUAAUAUUUCUAGUUCAUAUCAAAUGAAGAAUGGUUGCCCUGGCAUUUUUGUGAUGGCAGUAUCUACUAGAUCACCGAAGAUAUACUGGCGAGUAGUUGGUGUAAAUGGAACUGUGCAAGUUGAGCGUGGCAACGUUGAUGGGCGUCAUGGUUACUUGGUGUCUAAAUUUGAUGUUAAUGGGAAAUGCACAAGCUCAUUUCAUCCAUUCAGUGGAGUAACUGAAGAACUUAAAACAUUCUUACACGAUAUAUCAGAGGCAUCGAGCAACCACAUUCCAGAUUCUCGCCUAUCUUUUGUUGAAGGUGCUCGAGACGUGGCUGUUUUGGAGGCAAUGCUCGAGUCUGGAACAAAGCAAGGAGCCGUCGUCCCUGUCAAAACAUUUUGACCAGAUCAAAGAUUCCUGCUGUAGCAUGAUAUUUUGCUCGCUCUAAAAAAAAAAUACUGAGGUGCUUAUAUUUUACGGAGUAGUCUAUGGAUUCUUUCAUCUGAAAUUUUUAAGUAAAAAUUAUGUUCUUAAUUCUUUGUCGAUCCAAUUGAUCUCUAAAACCGGCACCUCCUAGAAUGAAAGAAAUUAGUAAGAGAUAGAAAUAAAAAUCGAUGUGAUGAUCGAAACUCCAGAAAAUAUUUGUGGCUCAAUUAAUUGUUUUUCUUUUCUAAUGAAAUUAGUUUUGGUUAACUUCA